AUGGUGUCACGCAAUAACAACCACGAGUUGCUUCCCUUUGUAUACGAUGACGAAAUCUUUUUUUAUUUUUCUCUGAAUAUCUUUCUUUUCUUUUUAUUUGUUUCCUUUUCUUUUUCUAUUUUUUCUGUCUUUUCUAACAUAUUAUUUUUUUUCAUUUACUCUUUCUUAUUCAUUACUUCUUUUGUUUUUUCUACCUUCUUUCUUAUUUACUCAUAUUUGAACUCCAUUUUUAUUUGCUUUUCCUACGUUCUUUCUUUCUUUUUUCUUUCUUUCUUUCUUUUUACGUUACCACAAUUCCUACUCUGUCACCCUCUCUCCUAUUAUUUCUCUUUUCAUUUUCUUUCUUCUGUUUUUCACAACCUUUUCAAUCUCUUACUUUCUAAUCACGAAUUGGAUGUAUUCUCUCUCUCUCUCUCUCUCUCUCUCUCUCCCUCUCUCUCUCUCUAUCUAUCUAUCUCUUUCUUAUUUCUUCUAGCAUCAGGGCUCAUACACAAUCUUUUUAUUAUUGCAAUCUAUCUAUCUAUCUAUCUAAUUUACCUCAGUUGUUACUUUCCGGGUAAAACUCGUAUAUCGCUCUCUCUUUCUUUUUCACAAAAACUCUCUCCAUCAUUGUCUCUCGCUCACUAUCGGUCUGUCUAUCUAUCUAUCUAUGUGUGUGAGGUGUACUCUCAUUGUCUCUCGCUCAUUAUGUAUCUUUUGCGGAAUCUCCCAUCGUUGAUCGCCUAA